CCAGAGGAGUGUCUAGUAAGAGUUCUGUUGACCCAGGAUGAUGGUGAUGAAUCAUCUAAUCUAGACCAAUCAAAACUGUACCAGUCACUUGCUCUCUGUGGACUUUGAACUUUUAAGUAGGUAGUAAAUUGCAAGUGACACAGCAAUGAAAAGAAUUAGAAUAAGGAUCAACAAAUAUCUGCUAAAGAGUGACAAAAUAGAACGGAAGCCUGGCUCGGAGCAGCAGCAGCAGCAGCAGCACCGUGGCUGCCAAGGAUUUCUCUGACCAGUGUGUCUCCCUCUGGUCUACAGCAUGGGAAACAUCUUUGCAAACCUCUUCAAGGGCCUUUUUGGCAAAAAAGAAAUGUGUAUUCUCAUGGUGGGACUGGACGGUGCUGGGAAGACCACCAUCCUGUACAAACUGAAGCUGGGUGAGAUCUUGACCACCAUUCCCACGAUAGGUUUCAACGUGGAGACUGUGAAGUAUAAGAACAUCAGCUUUGUCGUGUGGGACGCGAGCAGCCAGGACAAGAUCCGGCCUCUGUGGCGCCACUGCUGCCCAAAUGGACAAGGGCUCAUCUUUGUGGUUGACAGCACUGACCAAGAACGCAUGGAUGAGGCCAGAGAGGCGCUCAUGUGGAUGAUGGUGGAGUUCACAGAUAUCAUCCUGCUUGUAUUUGCAAACAAGCAGGACCUCCCCAAUGCCAUGGACACAGCUGAGAUCACAGACAAGCUGGGCCUGCACUCUCUGCAUGACAGAACCUGGUACCUUCAAGCCACCUCUGCCAUCACUGGGGCUGGACUCCAUGAGGGACUGGACUGGCUGGCCAAUCAAUUCCAGAACCGAAACUGAGCUGCACUCCUCUCUGCCCCCUGCUCCCUCCUUCACUCUUGCCUUACUCUCAUGUGGCAGAUGUACCUCUGUGGUGUGAGUGCCAGAAGCUGUCCCCAUGAUUGGUCUCAGUGUGCUUCAUUAUGCUGUGCAUGUGCAAAUGCAGCCUAUAUCUGGGUUUUUAUUUAAAUAGUUUUUGUUUCUG